AUGGAUGAUUCUGCGAAUCGAUCCCUUGAGAUUGGUGGUAUAGUCGCAGCUCUCACGCUUUUGAGUAGCAUUCCAUCAUGGCUCACCAUUUUUCGACGCCGAGGUACUCUGGCCCAGUCCGGAUACCGGGAUAAAGAUGGCGAAGCUCGAGAUGAAUUUCCAACGGCUGCUUCUCACAGGUGGCAGCGUGCCACAGUCGUUGGCUUCUCCCUAGCUGGCUUGGGCAUGGCCCUAGGGGAUGCCUUGUUUACCUUUACACAGACAAACUCUCGCUCGAUUCUGAUCUGGCUCCACGUCGGGGACUGGACCGUCGCAUGCUUUCAAGCGGCGAUAUUAUUUGUUGAGUCUUGCCCCGUUCGGCGAUUUGCCUUGAGCAACUAUGCUUUUGGAACGAGCGCUAUCCUUAUUGCAUUUCUCGUGACGUCCUCUGGACCACAAUCAUUUUGGUCUUCGCAAUUCAAUUCCAUCACGAUCCUUCGUUCAACAACACUUGGUGUUGCCAUCGCUCGGGCGUUAUGCUGCAUCCUUCUUCCUCGCCGCCCAGAUGUGUAUUGGAACGGCAAAGUGGUUGAUCGGGAGCAUACCGUGAGUCUGCUCAGCCGGUUGACUUUCCACUACAUCACUCCCACCGUCAACCUCACGGCACAGAAGCAGGGCUGCAUGGAGAUCGAUUGUUUACCCGAGCUGUCCUCCAGCUCACGUUCAAAAUCUUUGUUCGAGGAUAUAAAUCAGGCACUGUUAGAUCGUCCUCUAUGGCGGACAAUCGUGGCCGUUCAUUAUUCGGCAUUUCUUCUUCAGACAUUCAUGACUCUGAUGUCGUCCUUAUUCAGCUUUGGCCCUCAAAUAACCUUGUACGGAAUUCUGAAAUGCCUUGAGAACGGGUCCACCAGUAAUUUUGGUCUUUUGGUGGCAGCAAUGGGUGCCACCAUAUGCUUUUCCUCUACAGUGACUGCGUGGCUGUGGUGGAUAAGCUAUUCGAAACUCAACAUUCCGAUUUAUUCAGAGCUAUUGGCUUUGAUUUACGCCAAAACAAUCCGACGGAGGGAUAUCAAAGCGGCCUCUGAUGAUGAGUGUGGCUCCGAAGACCAGGGCGAGCAAGACAUGAUCAAUUUAGCAACAGUGGACACCAUGCGAAUUUCAGAGUUUGCAACCCAAAAUCAUAUGAUUCUCAACUCUAUUUCCAAUCUUUUGGUGGCCGGGAUUCUACUGAUUGGCCUCCUUGGGUGGCAGAGCGUGCUUGCUGGAUUUACCGCGGCCCUUUUCGUGCUACCAUUGAGUACCUAUUUCUCGAAUCGCUAUAUUGAGAUCCAACAAGUUUUGAUGCAGGCCAAGGACAAGCGAGCUGCAGUCGUCACGGAGGUAGUGCAGAAUAUCCGACAAAUCAAGUUUUCCGCCAUCGAACAGGAAUGGUAUGAUCGAGUCACUGAGAUUCGACAGGGAGAACUCAAGGCUCUGCUCCAAAAUAUCAAAUGCAUGACUGGUGUCGUCGCAGUCUGGACGAUGAGCCCUCUGUUGCUCUCGGCAGCCUCAUUGUCGGUCUAUUCUCUGACUCAAGGCCCGUUGACCGCGUCCGUCGCGUUCACGGCUCUCUCCAUUUUUGGACCCCUUGAAGAUUCCCUAAUGGGCAUCCCGUAUCUUUUAUCACGCGCGAUCGAGGCCAAGACUAGCUGUGAGCGAAUUGCAAACUUUCUGCGAGAAUCGGAGAGAAAACCAUCCACGGGGACAGGAGAUGAGAUCAUCUUCCAAGAUGCAGACAUUGCCUGGCCAGCUCAGGUGGACAAAUAUGGUAAAGGUCGAUUUUACCUGACUCAUCUCAAUCUGCAAUUUCCCUGUAAGGGCCUAAGCGUGAUUUGCGGCAAAACUGGAUCCGGAAAGGGAUUGCUCUUGUCGGCCAUUCUGGGUGAAUGCGAAAUUUUAUCCGGCACUGUACAUGUUCCAUCUUUCCACGGAGAGCGAUAUGACGAUCGAGCCACCCCGGGCAAUUGGAUCAUUGAUUCUGCUGUUGCCUACGUCGCCCAAAACCCUUGGACUGAAAAUGCGACGAUCAAAGAUAACAUCAUAUUCGGUCUACCAUACGACCACACACGGUAUCAGGACGUUCUAUAUGCUUCUGCGCUGGAAACCGACCUUCAGAGCCUCCCUCAUGGGGACCUGACGGACAUCGGCGCGAAUGGUGUCAACCUCAGUGGUGGCCAGCGAUGGCGAGUCUCCUUUGCUCGUGCAUUGUAUUCCAGAGCGGGACUCUUGGUGUUGGAUGAUAUUUUCAGCGCUCUGGACGCUGACACAGGUCGUCAUGUGUACGAACACGGAUUGACUGGUCCACUAAGCGAAAACCGCACCCGAGUUUUGGCGACGCAUCAUGUUGGACUAUGCGCACCCAGUAUUGACUACUGCGUUCUUCUGGAAAACGGCACAGCAUCGCGCGCCGGCACGAUGGACCAAUUAAUGAAAGUUGACGGUGUCGCCGGCAUUCUUUUCGGACAGCGUCCGUUGGAAGCCUCCUCUAAUGACAAUAUGGACGAAUCCAAGGAAAAACACGAGCAGCUCCCCCCCCGGAAGACUGCUAAAGGUGUUGUCGUAGACCAAAGACCUGAAGUUACCACUUCGCCAUCAAAGUUCAGCCCGGAUGAGAAAAGAGAAACGGGGGCAGUCGCAUUCUCGGCAUACAGAGUUUUUAUUUCCAGUGGGGGAAACAAACGUCUUUGGGCUUUGGCGUUGCUGACCACGUGCAUUUCCACAUUUCUUCUAUUCAGUCGGUCAUGGUGGGUAAGUGUCUGGACCACUGCCUCCGAAAAACAGCACGGGGCUCAUUUUCAUUCCAUGCACGGCCUGGCUGUGAGCCUUGUGACCAACCAAUCUCCGACCGGUGAAAUCCAAGUAACUGACAUGCAAGACGAUCUCUUUCUCUACAUCGCACUUUAUGUCGCCAUCUCGCUAGCUGCAUCCGCUCUUGAAGUAGCACAAUUCUUCUUCCUCAAUUAUGCGUCUAUAAAGUCUUCGAAAGUCUUGUUUCAAGAUCUUUUAUCGGCUGUUUUGGCAGCACCUCUACGCUGGCUGGAUACUACUCCUGUGGGGCGAAUUGUCAAUCGCUUCACAGCCGAUAUCUACCAGCUAGACUGCAUUCUUGGACCACAGUUAGCGACAUUUAUGAAAUUCAUAUUCCAGCUUCUAGGAAUCCUUAUUGCUGGUGUUUUGGUAUCGCCUGUUAUUUUGAUUCCAGCCACAGUUCUCCUUGGAGUAUCUCUGAGGGUAUCAUUGACUUACCUUGCUGCUGCACGGGAAAUGAAGCGAUUGGAAAGUGUUUCUCGAAGCCCAAUCAUCGAGCACUUCAAUUCUACUCUCCUCGGUCUAGGAACAAUCCGCGCUUAUGGCAAGGACCAGGACUAUCAGAAUGCCAUGCACAGCUGCAUAGAUAGUCACUCAAAGGCUUCGUGGAACCUGUGGCUAUUUAACUGGUGGGCGCAGAUUCGAAUCGGAGCUUUGGGUGCAAUCUUCGCUGCGAUGGUUACAGUCGUCAUCGUCAGAAUCGGCAUAUCUGCCUCGCUGGCAGGUUUUGUCAUCAGCUUCAUCUUACAGUACAACCUCGCCGUGUCAACUUCUCUUCGUCUAUACUCCAGUGUGGAAAUGGCGAUGAAUGGCGCUGAGAGAGUCAUUGAAUAUACCAAGAUUGAAACUGAAAGCCAAGGUGGUGUUGACCCACCGGCGGCGUGGCCGGUUCAAGGACGCGUUGAAGUCCAAGAUUUGGUUGUCGGAUAUGCUCCAGAGUUGCCUCCUGUAUUGAAUGGAUUGACCUUUCGAAUUGAAAGCAACCAACGUGUAGGGGUGGUCGGUCGGACUGGAGCAGGCAAAUCGUCCCUCACACUAGCUCUCUUCCGAUUCUUGGAGUACAGAGAAGGAAACGUCAUCAUUGAUGGAGUGGACAUAAGCAAGAUAAAAUUGAGUGCCCUUCGAAGUCGGCUGGCGAUUGUUCCCCAGCAUCCGGUCCUGUUCUCAGGGACCAUCCGAUCCAACCUUGACCCGUUUGACAAAUAUUCAGAUACUGAACUGCGUGCUGCAUUGGAAAGAGUCCAUCUGAUUCAUCCGGACGCUUCAGAUGAUGAUAACAAAUCUCAAUUUUCAUUAUCGACUACUGUCGCUCAAGGCGGACUAAGUUUCUCUCAAGGCCAAAGACAACUUCUGUGUCUUGCGCGAUCGAUUCUCCAGCAGCCCAAAAUCAUGAUUCUCGACGAGGCUACUUCCGCUGUGGACAAGGAGACUGACACUCUCAUUCAGCAAGCGAUUCGCACUGAAUUCGGCCGCAAUUCCAGUUCGCUGUUAGUUGUUGCGCAUCGUCUCAGCACAGUGGCUGAUUUUGAUCGGAUUCUUGUUAUGGAUCAAGGGAGAAUGGUGGAGUUUGGGACGCCGCAGGAGCUGCUCAGUAUAGAGGAUGGUGUUUUCAAGGAUCUUGUGGAGCAAUGUGGCGAAAAGGCUUAUGUGGAACAGAUCAUAUACGGGAAGAAGAAGUAG